AUGUUUUCUAUAGAAAAACAAAAUUUAUUCUUAGCGCAAGCUGAAGAAAUAAGAAGUCCUUUAGAUCAAUUUGAAAUAAGAGACAUAUUAAAUUUAGAAGUUUUAGGAGGUAACUUACAUCUAUCUUUAACUAACAUAGGAUUAUAUUUAACAAUAGGAGCUUUAAUUAUAUUAGUUUUAAGUAUAGUUUCAACUAACUAUAAUAAAUUAGUUAGUAAUAACUGAUCUAUAGCUCAAGAAUCUUUAUACGUAACUAUACAUAAUAUAGUUAUAGGUCAAAUAAACCCUAAAAAUGGUCAAAUUUAUUUCCCAUUUAUAUAUACUUUAUUUAUAUUUAUAUUAGUAAAUAAUUUAAUUGGAAUGGUUCCAUACAGUUUUGCUUCUACAGGUCAUUUUGCCUUAACAUUUGCUCUUAGUUUUACAAUAGUAUUAGGUGCGACUAUAUUAGGAUUCCAAAAACAUGGUCUAAAAUUCUUUUCUUUAUUAGUACCAGCUGGUUGUCCUUUAGCUCUUUUACCUUUACUAGUUACUAUAGAGUUAAUAUCAUACCUUGCUAGAAAUGUGUCAUUAGGAUUAAGAUUAGCCGCUAAUAUAACUGCCGGUCAUAUGUUAUUAAGCAUAUUAAGUGGGUUUGUUUAUAAUAUAAUGAAUUCUGGUUUUAUAUUCUUCAUUUUAGGAUUAAUACCUUUAUUAUUUAUUAUAGCCUUUUCAGGUUUAGAAUUAGCAAUAGCCUUCAUCCAGGCGCAAGUGUUCGUGGUACUAACUAGUUCUUAUAUAAAAGAUGGAUUAGAUUUACAUUAA